AUGUCACGAGUUUAUGAAGGAAAGACCACUAGAGGGGCAUAUGGUGGUCGAUACAGCAGAGCUGAGUUACAGUCUGAUGUACAGGAUAUAAUGGAGGGUAGGAAAACCAUACGGGGAGCUGCAGAAUUAUACAAUAUUCCAAAAACUACUCUAAAACAUUACGUUAGAGGCACUCGAGGAAAAGGUAUCGUUUCAUCUGCUGGAAAAGGAGGUGGUGGAAAAUUGUCUUUGCCAGUCGAACAUGAAAAGCAGUUAGUGAAAUGUAUUAAAACAAUGGAGAGACGGAGUUUUGGACCAUCUCGGCAAGAGGUACUUGAUGUUGUGCAAGUUUACACGCAAAGCAACAAUUCAUAA